ACACCCAGCGAACAAAAGAGAAAGACACGUCACCACCCUUGCUUCCUUCUUCCCAUCUCUUUCCUCUCUCCCGAUCUCCCCCUUUCCGUUGCGCGCGCGCUCUAUCUCUCUCUGACCCCACCCGUCGCCGGCGAGGUCACCGGCGAGGCCGCUGCCGUCCAGUCCCCGCCACCCCGUCCCAUGGACGGUAUCGAGGGCCUCCUGGCCCGCGACUUCGGCGUGCGGCCGCAGGGCAAGGCGGCUCCCAUGUCCACCUCCUCCCGCGCCGCCGGAUCCGCCGCUGCCUGGUCCAACCCCAGAUCCACCCCCACAUCCGCAGCCCCGUCCUACGACGACCUCUUCGGCGCCCCCGUCCCCGCCCCCGCCCCCACCUCCUCGUUCAACGGCCCCACCACGACCUCCUCCUCAUCGGCGGCGGCGAGGGCCAAUCCCACGCCUUCCCCUGCCCCGGUGUACGACGACGACAUCUUCGACGCGGUCCCCGGUCUGAGGGCAUCCAACUCCUCCGCGUCCUUCUCCUCCGCGCGGUACGACGGCGGCGACGUCGUGUUCGGGGCUGCGGCCCCCACGUACGACGACGUGUUUGCGAGCAACCGCUCUGCGUCGCCCCCUUCGUACGACGACUUGCUCGGGGGUUUCGGGAGCAGGCCUCACGCUGAGGAUAAGAGGAGGUCGGUGGCCGUUGACGACGACGGCGAUGACCUGCUGGGGGGAUUCGGGAGGAGUCCAUCCGAUAAGAGGAAGCCGGCGGUGGCGGAGGAGGAAAUGGGGGCCGCCGGUUUCGAUGAUCUGAUCCCGGGGUUCGCUGGGAGCAGCCCGCCGAGGAGUAGGAAGGCUAAUGAUGGUAACAAAAAAAAGCCAGCAGUUCCAGGUUUUAAACCAACAGCUAGAAUGGCAGAUGACCCAUUUGUUGUUCUAGAAACAGCAUCCGCUUCAGAUUCUGCAUAUACAUCCCCAGGGAGAUCCACAGAUCCCUUGGAUGAUCUGGAUAAGUCUGCAAACUCUGAAGGCAAGAAUGUCAAUAGUACUGAUGCUGAUGAUAGUUUAUUCGAGGAUUCAUUUGCUUUUGACCAUGUUCCAGUAUCAGAUCCUUUGUUUACCUCUGAAAUCAAUGGUCAUACCAAGGACAGUAACCCAUCAAGCAUAGCCCGAGAUUCCAGCCCUGUACAGCAUUCAGUGAAUGGAAAUUCAGCACGUAAAUCUUCUAUGGAGGACUUUGCAAACAUCAUGCCUAAGUCACAGUCUGCAAGGUAUUCUGAUAUUCAUGGUGAUGAUAUGGAUCAGUCACCAAGAUCUACCGAAUCUGAAGAUGAUAUAUGGCUUACAGUUUCUGAGAUUCCCCUCUUCACACGGCCAACUAGUGCUCCACCACCUUCCAGAUCACCACCUGUUCUUAAACAAAAACCACUGGGAGCAAAUGCAAAUGGAAAGAAGAAUGAGCAUGUUCGUCAGUCGAGCCAAAAUCACAAGCAUUACACAGAUUUGCCAAAGCAAGCAGAGGUUUCUUCAAUAGAUGAUCUGGAAGGUUUUGCCAUGGGCAAACCUCACAUGCCUUCUUAUGACAAUAAUGUUUUUGGCGAAGAUUUUGAAAGAAGUUCACCAGAUCGUGAAGAAAAAGACAGGCAGGAAAGAUUGGAACAAGAACGAGAAAUGAGACUGAGGGAGGAAAAGGAGAGAGAGCAGAGAAGACUUGAAAAGGAGAGGGAACUGGAACAGCAUAGAGAAAGAAAGAGAGAAAGACAAGCAGUGGAGAGGGCUACAAAGGAGGCACGGGAGAGAGCUGCUGCUGAAGCUCGUGCAAAAGCUGAAAGGGAGGCCCGCCAGCGGGCACAGCGUGCUGCUGUGCAAAGAGCCCAACAGGAAGCCCGUGAGAGGGCUGCAGCUGAGGCCAAAGAAAGAGCUGCUAGGGUCGCUGCUGAAGCCAAGGAGAGAGCCGCUGCUGAAGCCAAGGAGAGGGCCGCUGCUGAAGCCAAGGAGAGGGAGAGGGCUGCUGCUAGGGAGAGGGCUGCAGCAGAAAGAGCUGCUGCUGAGAGAGUUCAGCAAGAAGCAAGGAAGAGAGCUGAACGAGCUGCAGUGGAAAGAGCUGCUGCUGAGGCUCGAGAAAGGCAGGCAGCAGCAGCUGCUGCUGCUGCAAGAGAAAAACAGAGCACACCAGAUGAUCUUGAGUCAUUCUUUGGUGUGGAUGCUCGUGCCAAUAGUGCACCAAAGCAGAGGGCUCCAACCCCAACUGUGGAUUCUAUGUUUUCUUCUGGAGCUCAAGGUAGAGGAACUGUUAAUGGAUCACAUAGAGCAGCGUCAACAUCAGCAUCUGUGAGAAAAGCGCCAUCUGCAACAAGCUUCGGGGAUGAUCUAUCUGACCUAUUCGGAGCCCCUGCAUCAUCUGACAUAUUUCAAGAAGUUGAGGGAGAGAGUGAAGAAAGAAGACGCGCUAGGUUAGAACGUCAUCAGAGGACCCGUGAACGAGCGGCAAAAGCUCUGGCCGAGAAGAAUGAACGAGAUAUGCAGGUCCAGAGGGAGCAGGCAGAGAGAGAUAGAAUUGGAGACAGUCUAGACUUCGAAAUUAAGAGGUGGUCUGCCGGAAAAGAGGGCAACUUGCGUGCUUUGUUAUCAACUUUACAAUAUAUACUUUGGCCAGAAUGCGGAUGGCAAGCUGUAUCCUUGACCGAUUUGAUUACUGGUGCUGCUGUUAAAAAGCAGUACAGAAAGGCGACCUUAUGCAUCCAUCCUGAUAAGGUGCAACAGAAGGGUGCGACUCUUCAGCAGAAAUACAUUGCCGAGAAAGUCUUUGAUAUUCUUAAGGAGGCAUGGACCAAAUUCAACUCCGAAGAGCUGUUUUGAAGCAAUUUCUGUGAAUAUAUAUAUGAUCAGCUUAACUGUAUACCCACAUGAAGCACUGGAAGCAAGAGACAAAUGAACAAAGUGAAAGCUCCGCUAUAAUUAUCAUUGAAUUAACAGAAUUCUGUUCAUUUGCCCUCACCUGUACUCUGUUCUGCCCUCAUGUGUAUUUGUUCACUCCAUCGUACUUCCACUACCGUAGCACGUACAGCGCGGUGUAUAUGCAGCCUUGUGUUGGUUCAAGGGCUAAUGGCAUGUUUUUUUUUUGGAUAGAUUUUACAGGGUGAUUUACCUCAUACAACCAAUAUUUACAUUGUAUCUAUUCUCAUUACUAUCUUGUGUACACCAUGAAUGGACCACAGAAAAUUUCAAACUACACUUGUUGCCUA